AUGGUGAAUCCGUGGUCGUUCGCAUCUCUCAAGCUCCGAGCCAUGAGCCGCCUUCCCAUCGUCCUUUGUCUGAUCGCGUCGGCCCUUCAAGUAGAAAGUAGCUACUACGGAUUCGGUUAUGGGAUCGGAUACGGAAGCCACGGCCUUGGCUACGGAGGUCACGGCUACGGGAAAAUCGCUCAAUACUAUAAGUAUCCUGUGUACAAGUCCUAUUACCAUUACUAUCCCCGAUACCACCUCUAUGGACUCCAUGGCUAUUACCCAUAUGGAAAAUAUUUCGGUCUCGGCUAUGGGAGAGCUCACGGUCUCGGAUACGGUGCAUACGGUCUCGGCAGAGCUAUCGGAUAUGGAGGCUUCGGGUAUGGCGGCUACGGAUACGGUGGUCUAGGAUACGGCAAAAGCUAUGGAUGGUGGUGA